UCUCCCAAAUAUGAUGUGUGUUUCUCUUUGGAACAUGAACUAAUUUACUCACGUCAAUGUUUCAAUGUCGUGUUUAUGGGGGGUUUGCAAUUCUUCCCAGAUUUACAUUUAUUAGAAGCUUUAACAACUUUAUUACGAUGACAUUUCAUUUUACUUUCUCCAGCGGAAACUACGAGGAACAGCAGACGUCUCUGUUUCCGACCGGAACAGAUUUGCCGUCGGACCGUGUGAGGAUCGUGACGUGGUGAUUGGUCGCUGAGCUGCACCUCGGAAUUGAUCAACUUAGAGCAAAACUCCUUCGUGACCAGGUCUCCGGACGCGUGUUCGACCCACGGACACGACCCGCUUCACGUGGACUGAGAAGUUCGUUGCUUUGUUUUUGGUUCGUGACUCAAAAGGUGUUUGUUGCGGGAUUGUGUCUGGGCCGUGUGUGUGUGCGUGGGUUUGUUUGUGUGUGUGAGAGAGAGAGAGAGAGCGAGUGACGGCGGCAGCAUGAAGCUCUACAGCCUCAGCAUCAUCUACAAGGGAUCCACCAAGUCCAACCUCCUGAAGGCGGCCUACGACCUGUCCUCCUUCAGCUUCUUCCAGCGCUCCAGUAUUCAGGAGUUCAUGACCUUCACCAGUGCCUUGAUCGUUGAGCGAACAUCACAAGGAAGCCGUGCCUCUGUCAAAGAACAAGAGUACCUGUGCCAUGUGUAUGUGAGAAACGACAACCUGGGCGCCGUGGUCAUCGCAGAUACUGAAUACCCACAGAGAGUCUGUUUCACAUUGCUGGAAAAAGUACUCGAGGAAUUCUCCAGGACAGUGGACAGUAUAGACUGGCCGUCUGGUAACCCUGGAACUAUAACCUAUGCAGCCCUAGAUAGUCACCUCUCUAAAUACCAGUGUCCGGCUGGUUAGAAACGUCUUUCUUCGUGAACUGCUGAUCGGUUUCAAAUGACGACAUGCCUUUUGGUUCUGUAUUUUAAGACGCGUCUGCUCUCUCUCUGCUGUAUGCGAGUAGGUUUUGCGGAUAUACAACAUCUUCAGGCUGCAUUGAUGUUGAGUGCCUGUGUGUGUGUCUGUGAGAUCAGAAUUGUCUCUUUCUGCUUUUACAGUGUAAACGUUCGUGCAAUAUCUCUGCAGACUGUUGGUGUCUCUCUCUGAAGCAGGGGGAAUAAAUGGAAAUAUUUCCCAUAAAUCACAGUAAAUUUGAACUUUGUAUUUGCUAUAUAUUAUGACCAACUCCUAUGUGAGGCUUGUCCAGGGUUCUUUCUGAGAUAUUUGUCUGAUUUCUUCUUUUCAAAAAAAUAUCCCAAUUCCUGUGCUGGAUUUGAAGUCUGUGGAGUUGUAUUAUGGAUUUUUGCAGGUGACGUCUUACUGACCAGUGUGUUAACCGGUCUGCAUUAAACGUUUCCCUCCAGAUGUGGUCUGCACAGUUUAAACAGUAAAAAAUGACUUCAGAUAAUAAACAGCUCUUUCCUAUCUGUA